AUGACGGAGUCGCCUUCCGACUCACGACUCUUGGAUCAUCAUCAUCCUCAUCUUGUGCCCCAAAUCCCAAUUGAGAUUGUGAGCGACGAAGAGAUGGCCUUGCUCUUCGCUCGCUCUCUAAUCCCUUCCACAGUGAGAGCAUUCCCUUCCAGCGUCAGGUCUCUUCAGUACUCCAUCACCCUCCUUUCCAAGAGGAGCCUUUGGGGUUGCUCCCAACCCGGUAUAGAGGAUUCGGGCUGGUUCAACACUACUACCCAGAAGAAGAAGGCUGAAUCGCUUUUGCACCGCUUCAGGAACAAGAAGGGCUUGUCCGCCUCCGAUUUUGCUGAAUCGGAAUGGUGUGAACAACAAAUGCGGUACAUUCUCCUGAAUGGCAACAGAGUAAUCAGUAAGGCUAUGAAAACUGGUAGGGAGCGCCAUGCAAAACUUGAAGAAGAGUUUGUAACAAAAUCUAAAGUUGUUGUCAAUUCAGACGAAGAUAAAUGGGCCCUGAGGUUUUUGAAGUUUAUUACAGGCAUAAAUCAAUUAUAUACUGAAGGAUUGACUCGAGAGCUGCCUCUCGUAGGUUUUGCAGAAGGUAUAUGGAUGGUGGGAGUGAUUGAUGAGGUUCAAAUGCCUGCCACAGAAACCCAGAGAAAUCCAUUAUUAGUUGACACAAAGACUCGUGUGAAAGAUAAACUUCCUUCCGAACCACAACGAAGGAAGGGAAGGUUACAAUUGAUGUUCUACAAGUAUUUGUGGGAUAAUCUAGAAGCAUCUGGAUUCCCCGCCGACCAAUUCUUUGAUCAUUUUUCCUUAAAUCCUGAUUGUGACUUAUCUGAAGAAAUCAGGGAGGUCGUCCGAGCUAAAUCAGGGUAUCCAGCAAAGACCCUUGAUGACGUGGUGAAAUACUAUAGAAAAUCCUGGAUCCUGCUACCCCGUGCUCAUGACCAACUUUUAUUGAGAUACGAGUUACAAAAGCAUUAUUCAGUAAUCGGUGAAGAUAUAUUUGCAUACGACUCUGAUGUGUUUAAGAAGCAACUUCAGGUUUGUCUCGAGUUCUGGCUAGGAAAGCGAGAAGCCAGUUACACACCUGAAGAAGAGCGAUGGAAAUGCUACAGCUGUGAAUUUGCUUCCACAUGUCCUGCAGCUCCUGCUAAUUAAAAGUGUUACCUGUAGCAAUCUGCCGACUUAGAGAAAGGACUCGCAUUUGUGCUGUUUCAAACCAGUGUCCUUAAUAGCGGGUACAAAGAAGCAUCGAGGUUUAGAGUUGCUCCUUCGGGGUAAUUGUUGUCCUAGAGGUUAUGUGCCAUGG